AUGGCUUCACAGUUGUCAGAAGCCGAGAAACGUCGUAUUCUUCGGGAGAGAAGACAAAAGAAGUUCAGCAAUGGUGGAGCUUCGUCGAGACUAGGUAAGAUUACUGGAGAAACCGACAAGAGUUUUUUGGCUUCGGAAUCGCCGCUGGAUGCGAAGAAACCUUUACCAAAGAAGCAAGAGGAGAGUUCGUCGCGGAGUGAUGUUGAGGAGUCGACUAAACAGAUGGAUGAGCUUCUGGCAAGCAUUUCCACACCUUCGAAAAAUCAACAAAAUCAUGGGAAAAAGCAAACACAUGAUGUCAAGAAUCCUGAGAUGGAUUUGUUUUCACAGUUGGCUAAAAUGCAGCAGGAAAAUCCCGCUGGAUUUGAUGUUCCUGAUACCGGGGACUUGUUUUCACAAUUUUUGAAAUCUGCACAGCAGCAAGGCCCCGAUUCCGUACAAAGUCCUGGUGUGAAAACUGCAGAUCCCACUGUCAUUGAAUUGCAUUUCAAGAGAGUCAACCGCAUCAAAUCUAUAACCGUUCUUUUGAGAUGGAUUAUACUUUUGCCGUACCUUGUUAUGAUCAGCAAGCCGCGCUACAACGUCGCACUUGAGCAGCACUCAUUAGGGCUCUCGAAUGUCUUUGACAGAGCUAAUUUCUUCACAGUAUUCACUACAUUUGAGCUUGUUGCGUUAUCGAUUUAUUUUCAGCGUGUGCUGAAUCUAGAGAGAGAGACGGGGAUUAACACCUUGGAGAGCGGUAAUAAAAUCUUGAAACUCGUGUCGUUCAUUCCUGAGGGCAUCAUACCGAUCCCAGAUCUGCGAGGCAAGAUUUCUCAAGCCGUUCAAUACUGGGGAGUUGUCUCUAUGUACUUGACUGACUUAUGCUUUGCCAUCGUAAUUAUCGGAGUUGUACAGUAUUUGUAUUCAUAA